AAAUUUCAAAAUCGACUCGCCACUCGCACCUCACUCCUCACUUCUCACACACACACUUUCCACCAAAACAAAAGGAAAAAGAAAAUAAAAAAUAAUACAAACGUAACGUUAGCUUACCUGCUCCGAGCCUCUUCCAUGACACGCUCUGCCCAGAGCUGCUGCUGCUGCUGCUGCUAGCUUCGACAUUCAGGUUCGUUUCCCGAUCCUGCUCCCCAACCACCACCAUGGGAUGCUUCUUCGCUUGCUUCAGAGCCCGCGACUCCUCCUCCGCCACCGCCCCCACAGCUACGGUGCCUUCUUCUCCUUCCGGCAAACACAAACCUACCGAUGUUGUGGUCUCUCGAAAUCAGUUAUCCACUUUGUUUCUAUCCGAAGAGAGAGAAAACUCUGUUGUGCGUGAUGAUCGGAAGAGUUUUGAAGUGGGAUCUCAGAAAGGUGACUAUGAGGCCAAGUUUCUCAAAGCUGGUGAUACCUUGGCAAGGACCCCCCUUGAGAAAGCCCACCCUGUUGGUCAACCUUUCAAUCCCUCAACUCCUGUAAAAUGUUGUGAGGAAGGGGGGAAGAGAACUGAUUCCUUAGAGCAAACACCAAGCAGCUGUAUCUCCAAUGUGCUAAGUACUCAAUGUGACACUCUUGAUUCUACGGAAGGAAUUAGGACAGGGAGUCUUCACAGUUUGGAUAAGAAUGACAAGAAUACAGCUUCUGUUUCACCUUGGCCAUCAACCACAUACACGAGGAGGAACAAGUCUAUAGGUUUUGAAUGUGACAGUGAUUUAUCGUCCUGUGACUCAUCCGAUUAUGGUGGGCGACAUAUGAAAAAAACAGAUUCACUAAAUAAUGAGAGUACAUAUAAACCAUCGCCUAAUCCUACCCCGAUGAAGCUAUCUGAUGAGAUGCAAACUCCUGGAACUGCUUACCCUUCAGCAAAAGACUUGCCAAAUGGUAAGCCUCGAGUUAAGUCCCAGUUUGUGUAUCCAAUUUACAACCCUGGUCAUCAUUUCUCUCAGAAGAAAUUUGAAGAGAGUGAAUCAGUUGAGCCGUCUCAAGUUACAACUUCAACUUCUGAAAAAGAGUUAAAGAAAAUGUCUUGUGAAAAUGAAUGUAAGGUAGAGGAAAGCUUGUCUUCCUGGUUGAAGCCUGCAGCUGUCAUUCUGGAGGAGAGAAACAAGAGAAUGCAGACCAGUUAUAAUCAGGUCCGCAAAACACCUGCUGAUAGGCCUAUCAUUGGGAUGGUUGCAGCUCACUGGAACAAGGAUGGGGAUUCUCAAGCUCCUCCUCCGAAGUGGUGGGAUGGUAACGGCAUACCAAAUUCAACCAAUAAGUAUAAAGAAGAUCAGAAAGUAAAUUGGCAUGCAACAUCAUUUGAAGAGAGGUUAGAGAAGGCAUUAUCUGAGGAGACUGUCAUCUCUCAAAGGAAGGAUACAUGUGGCAAAUCAAUUCCUUUUGAUGAGAACGAAGAAAGUGAUACUGCUCUAUCUCAGCUGCAAUCUUCAACUCAUCCACAGUCCGUGGUGUCAUUUUGAUGUCUAUUGUCCCUCUCUGCUCUUUUGUCUGGUUAAAGAGAUAUUGUGGCAUUUCUCGAAACUAAGUCUGAAUCCUCCUCGUUCAAAAUGCUGAUUGGUUGGAACAAACAUUGGUUUAUUCGAAUUUUGUGGUAAUAUAGAACUAUCAAGCUGUGUCACACGGCUUGUAUUGUAUAUAAAUUAUGGGAAUUAUUGCGUAAAAUAAUGGGUAUUGGGACUUGGGAGUUUAGUAAUGUGUUUUUUUUUCCCGUUAAAAAUUGAAGUAGUUCAAUUUUGAGAUUCGCAUGAACUAAAUUUUUUGGA